CAAGAGUAUCCCUUCGCAUCUACCACAUCAUUGGGGCCAAAUAUACCCCCAAACAUCCAUUCCUAGGUCUUUAAGAUCUAUACCCUGAAACCAAGCUGCAUACCCAAACACCAUGGACUCAGUAGACAGAAUCCUCGCAUCCGCACAUGCCGCACCCUACGGCCACCUCCUCCCAGCCAAGGACGACAUGUUCCGGUCCGUCGCCUUAGCAGUCGAAGCCCACAUGAAGCACUACGAUGCCUCUCAUGACUUCCACCACAUUCUCCGCGUCCUAGCACUAUCCCAGCGCAUUCUAUCCUCCGAAUUCGAGAACCAGACCGGACCAAACAUCUACGAUCCCACCGUGGUCAUUCUCAGCGCUCUCCUCCACGACGUCAACGACAAGAAAUACCUCCCACCAGCUGUCGACGGUCAACAGAUCUCCAAGGUCACCCUUGUGCUGGAACAGGCGGGGGCUUCGACAACCCUAGUGAACAGUGUUGAAGAGGUGGUUAAUCACGUUUCCUACUCAACUGAAAUUAAGGAUCCGAGCAAAGUGCAGCGGGUGUUGCAGCAGCAUCCUGAACUCGCUAUUGUGCAGGAUUCGGAUCGUAUUGAUGCUAUUGGGGCUAUUGGGAUCGGUAGGACGUUUACGUUUACGGGUGCCAAGUUGCAGGGCGCUAGUAUGCAGAAUUCGAGAGAGCAUAUUGAUGAGAAGUUGGAGAGGUUGGAGGGGAUGAUGAAGACCAACACUGGUAGGCAGAUGGCUAGGGAUCGGACGGAGAGGCUGACGGUGUUUAAGAAGUGGUGGGAUGAGGAGACGAUGUUGGUGGCUGCUUGAGAUUGAUUGUUUUGGAUACGUGGGUCUAGAAAUGACCUUGAAUUGACUAGGAUACUAGGAUAGUUGGAAGCUAUAGAAGCAAGGAAUGUAGAC